AUGGCUUUAGACAGCAUUUACCAGAAGUGUGAAGAGUCCGACCGAGUGCAGCUCAAGGAACAAGAGGCAGAAAUGGUGUCUGGAAGAUCAGGGAGUGCCUGGCUGCAGUUUCCUAGGGGCCCAAAGGGGGCGGCAAAGUCCAUAUUAACCCUUUACGCCCUGCAUGCUGUGUCAUUCGUGCUAUGGGCCGUGCUCCUCGCCGUGGCGAUUGCGAAGUACGCAGAGAUGUCCAAGGAGCUGGAACAGAUGCGGACUGAUCAAUCUGUGCUCAGAGCCAACGGCUCCGAGAUGUCGAAGCAACUGGGGAUGCUUCAUUUCAAUCAAUCCACCAUGCGCAGCACUGGGGAGGAGCUGGCCAAGGAGCUGGAGAGGCUGCAGUCAGACCAGGCCAUGCUGAGAGCAGAAGUGUCCAGGGAUCUGGCCAAAGCGAAACAUGACAGAGAUGACAUCAGGGCCGAGACCUACAAGAUCCUGGAUGCUGCACAGAAAGGGAAUGGCGCUUCCCGGUGCCAGCCUGGCUGGGAGCAGUACCGAGGGAGAUGCUACUUUUUCUCCACGGCUGCCCAGCGCUGGCAGGCGGCCAGAAGCUCCUGUUUGAGCCAGACUGCCGACCUGGUGGUGAUCAACGAUCAAAUGGAGCAGAAUUACUUGGCCAAUAAAGCUGAUUCUGUUCGUCAUUGGCUCGGCUUCACAGACCAAGGGACUGAAGGCGUCUGGCACUGGGUGGACAACACUCCUGCGGCAUUUACGUUUUGGGCCACAGGGGAGCCCAAUAACAUGUACAGUUUUCACGUCAGAGAUGAGGACUGCGCCCACCUGCACGAGGGCGGCCGGUGGAACGACGAACCCUGCCACUUGCACUACAGAUGGAUCUGCGAAAAAGCUGCUUCUGUCUAA